AUGGCUGAACUUCGUAUGCUUGACCUCCCUGAAGGGAGCAUCCAAGCCAUUUAUCGGCCCUCCAAGUUGCAGGAGACAAUGAUCCUCGCCACGGCUAUGGACCCGGUACACCGACUUUACGUGGAAAGCUACCAUUUCAUGACCCCGGGGCCCAUUAACCUUCCUCAACUCGACGAAAUUUUGCACGAUUUGGCAGCAAAGCACUCAACCCUUCGUUCCAUUAUAUGCUGGAAUCAAGACACCCUGAGAGGAGAUGUCACUCUUGCAAUUCUCGAUGUGGAAUAUUUACGGCACCAUGGUCGACUUCUAUGGGCACCGGGAGAUAUGGAGGCGCACGAAAAGCUGCACCGGAUCGCAUUUGGCAUUUAUGGAUCACUCAAUGGGGUCAAAUGGUCCGGGGAGAUGCCGUGGAGGGUCUGCGUGUCGCCCUUGCCUCAUGCUCAGGGGUGUCGCUUCACUCUUAGUUACCAUCACGCCUUGAUGGAUGGAACAUCUGCUAGGCAGUUGUUGAACUGGAUCCGCCAGGAGAUCGAACAUCCAGGGUCGGCAACGAUGACGUCUGAUAUCAUGUCGUUGGAGUUUGAGUUGGACUCGGGGAGAACCCCUGCGGUUCAAGCUCGUCUACGACAGCGCUAUGAGCGUAUCCAACCAGGAAGAACGAGGACACCGCCAGUUUCUCUCGAACAAGGAUCCUCUAGGAACAAAGAUGGUCUGAUGAUCCUAGCGCGGCAAAUUCCUACUCUUUUGGAAUCUCGUCCCAACUCCGGCGCAGUCCCGGCGUGGAUGGGUCGACUGGCCCUGGCCCUGGGCCUGUGCGUCUUUCAGGGCACGCGCGAAGCCUUAUUUUUCGAAACCAUGUCAGGACGGCGACAUCUCGCACCAGAAUCCCGCCAGGUGCUUGGGCCCAUAUUGGUUACCCAACCACGAUUGACUCGGCUCGAUGAACAUACCUCGCUGGCACAAAUUGCCCUUUCGCUGAGGUCUACGGAAGAUAUCUAUCACAACUUCACGACCGGUGAACUGCGAUCCAUGAUGCCAUCGCUAGGAUCGACGCUCCCCGUCGCUUUUGCCUGUCAGACCGAUGAAUCCUAUCCCUGGAAGGGUGUUGCAGACUGGGAAUGGGCAGGCCGAGAAACAUUGAUUGAUAUGCCGCUGUUUCUCGAGUUAAUGCCCGCUCACCAAGGCUCCUUCGUCGUCCAUCUCCACUAUCAUCGCAACCGUUUCUCGGAAACAACCAUGGUUUUGUUUCACAAUUUUAUUUGUGAAACCCUUCACUGGUUGCAGCAGGUUCACACCGAGCUCCAGCAGUACGACCUUCGACAAAGUCUGGACCACAUUCGGGCCCGGGACGUAGAUAUUGACCACUACCUUGAUACAAUGGCAAAUGGAUCCACGGAUAGCCAGUAUGUGGUCGACCUGUCGGACAUUGAAGCUAGUAUCGCCCGCCAUCCUAGCGUAAAGGCAUGUGGCGUGAUCAAGGGCGAGUCCUGCUCGGGAGAUCUUCUGCUAGCCUUGAUUCAAACCCAUGCUUUCGAGAAGUCCGACUGGUCGCAAAUAGAGGUCGAGCUUCGCGCUCAGAUGUCUACUACCCUUCCAUCCCACAUGAUACCCUCCCAUCUUAUGCAAAUUGCCGACGGCAUGGCGCUGACAGAGUCGGGCAAUAUCCACUGGCAACAGCUCGCAUCUCCUUCUACGAUAUCCUCGCCAGCAGAAACCGACACCCCUAACACCGCUUGUAGUGGGAAUGAAGAACAAGCCCAGUUACAGUAUUGGAUAUUGCAAUUGAAGGACAGCCAACCGGCCGAGUUUCUCCAUGACUGGCGCCGACCGGUCGCGCCAUCGGGAAAGACCCUCACCAAGGAAAUAUUUAUUCAGGCGCCCGGAGACAACGCCCUGCAGGAGUUUUGCCAGACCUUUGGAGUGACUCCUUACGCGGUGUUAUUUGCUUGUUUCCGCGCCACCCAUUAUCGCAUGACGGGGGUAAACGACGCGAAUAUUGGGACUCUCGUUCCCGACAGUGAGGAGACAGCGAGCUUCCAAUGUUUGCGUACGCAGGUCGACGAGUCUGACUCUUUUGAGGGUUUAAUUCGGAACGUGCAGUCAAAGAUAGAAGAGGCAUCAUCCAAUCGAGAUACUUCAUUGGGGGAAGUUUCCUCGAAGCAUGAACGAACUCCUGACAAUCCUCUGGUGCGCGUGGCAUUUACAAUGCAUCUCCAACGCGCACACGACAAGAGUAGACACCUGGAGAACUUCAAUCCACCGAAUUUGGACCUGAGAUUUCACAUCUCCAAUAGAGAGAAUGGAAUCAUCGCAACAGUCCACGCCGAAUCAGAUCUUUAUACAUCACCUACAAUUGAAACGCUACUAUAUGUGUUUUCUGAGUUGUUGGAGAAAGUCCUCCAAGAUCCCAAAAAGCCCAUCGCGCUGAUAUCGUUAACUCAUGGACACACGGCUCUUGGAGAAAUGGGGUUGCUCCCGGCCCGUCAUGGUAACUAUCCGCGGGAUUACUCAAUUGUGGACGUAUUCCAACAACAAGUUUCCUCACAUCCAGAUACUGUGGCCGUGAAAUACAAUUCAAGGCAAUUGACAUAUGCCGAGUUGGACCGAGAAUCUGAGCAUGUGGCGAACUGGCUGCGUACUCGCAACCUGGCCCCUGAGUCGGUAAUUGCAGUAUAUGCUCCCCGUUCUUUAGAUGCCAUCGUCGCGAUAGUGGGAAUUCUCAAGUCAGACUUGGCCUAUAUACCAAUGGACCAUCGAUGGCCUGAUUCACGGAUAGAUACAAUCCUAUCGUCCAUCAACGGUCCACGACUGCUUCUCUUGGCUCCCAAUGUACGAUCUCCCAAUGUUGCACUGGACGAUCUAGAAAUGGUUCCACUGGACCUGGCCAUUCUCUGGGGAUCUCGUCUUACCGAUCUCCCAGUACCCCGACUUCCUUCACCAACCAGCUUGGCAUAUAUCAUUUUUACUUCCGGGUCGACCGGCAAACCAAAAGGAGUCAUGAUUGAGCACCGUUCUGUUGUCUGUAGGAUGCACUCGUCCACUAAUAUCUGCGCCAUUGGGACAGGGAAGCCGGUCGCGCACAUGGCAAGCUUGGCAUUUGAUGCUUCCGUAUGGGAGAUAUAUACAGCGUUGCUAAACGGCGGGACGGUCGUGUGUAUAGACUGCGAGACCGUUUUGGAUUACCCUUUGUUGGAUGAGAUGUUUUGUCGGGAGUCGGUCCGUGUUGCCUUUAUCACCCCUGCCCUUCUCAAGGAGCUUCUCAUAGCAUCGCCCACCACUGUUGGCCGGUUAGAUUCACUUGUUGUUGGUGGCGACCGGACAGAUCCUCAAACUAUGCUUCACGCUGCGAAGCUCAUUGGCUCUGGGGAGGUUUUGAAUGGUUAUGGACCCACGGAGAAUACAUGUUUCAGCACCAGCUAUCGCAUGACAAGAGAACCGCCUACCGCCGUCAAUGAGGUUCCCAUCGGCCGUGCAGUCCCAGAAUCUGGGGCAUAUGUCAUGGAUCCCCUACAGAAUCUGGUGUCAGCGGGCGUUCUUGGGGAGCUGGUUGUGACUGGGGAUGGGCUGGCACGCGGAUAUACCGAUGGUCAACUCAACAAAGACCGUUUUAUCACACUCAAUCUUGGGGGUCACUCGGUCCGCGCCUACCGCACAGGGGAUCGCGCACGAUAUCGCCCGCGUGACGGACUAAUUGAGUGCUUUGGACGCAUAGACCAUCAGGUCAAACUUCGCGGACAUCGCAUUGAAUUGGCCGAAAUUGAGCAUGUCCUCAAAGAACAACCAGGCGUGGAUGAGGCCGUGGUAUUGUUGCAGCCAAUUCAGACAGGCCACGAUCACCAAUUAGUUGCCUUUAUCACGGAGCAUCAAGUGCAAGUCAAUGGCCCGGAGGGCAGCAGCAUGAAUGAGAAGGCCCAUGAGGAGUUGUGGACCACCAUGUUCGGGACGGACACAUAUGCGACGUCCAUUCGUCAAACAGACGUAGGCCGAGACUUUCUCGGAUGGAAGUCUAUGGUGGAUGGCAAUGAUAUCGAAAAGUCCCAGAUGAAUGAAUGGCUCGAUGAGACAAUCGCAUCCAUCAGAAAUGGGACACAAGACCUCGGACAUGUUGUUGAAAUUGGGACGGGUUCCGGGAUGAUUUUGUUCAAUCUCCUUGACCAUCUCCAAACCUAUACAGGGCUUGAUCCUGUCAAAUCGAUGGUGGACUUUGUCCAGGCCGCCGUUAAGAAAGUUAAUCCCGGUCUUCAGGGCAAGGUCCAACUCCAUGCUGGGACUGCAACUGAUAUUGCCGAAAUGACACUUCCUCAACGUCCUGAUUUGGUUGUAGUCAACUCCGUUGCCCAGUAUUUCCCGGGUGGUGAUUAUCUGAUCCGGUUGAUUGAGGGCCUGCUAUCUUCCCUUGGGGCCCAGACUUUAUUCUUCGGUGACAUUCGUUCCUAUGCUUUAUAUUCCCAGUUCCAGGUGACCAAGGCUUUGUAUAACAACAUUGAUACAACAGUUGAACGAAUUCGCCGGGUUAUGGAGGACAUUGAUCGCAACGAAACCGAGUUGCUGGUCGACCCAGCGUUCUUCAUGGCUCUUCCAGAGCUAUUCCCGCAUCUUGUCCAUCAUGUGGAGAUCUUGCCCAAGCGGAUGCACGCUUCCAAUGAGCUCAGCUGCUACAGAUAUGCUGCCGUCGUGCAUGCGGUUCGGCCUGAUUGCCCGCCGGUGCAUUACGUACAUGAUAAUGAAUGGAUCGAUGCAGAUGCAUGCGGCCUGAAUCGGGAAUCCUUGUUAGACUUGCUCCAGAAUGCCUCUCGCUCUCGGCACCAGCUGGUGGCCCUAUCAAACAUACCUCAUCGCAAAACCUUACUUGAAAGGCUGGUUGUCGAGGCUACGUUCACACUUUCCGAAUCGCAUUCAUCUGACUGGUUGGCUAUCCUCCAGUGUGAGGCUGACCGCAGGUCUGCCUUUGACGUUCCGGAUCUGUUUGAACUUGCUGAUCUAGUUGGAUUUCGCGUAGAGGUCAGUUGGGCGCGCCAGGCAUCGCAGAACGGCGCAUUUGAUGCAGUGUUUCAUCGAAUUCCUCCAACCGAUGGAAAGGAGAGAACGCUCUUCCAGUUCCCAGCGGAUUUUAACGGCCGUUUAGCACAAGAUUUUACCAACAAUCCAAUGCAGAACAAUUCUUCGCCCUCUUCUUCAAUCGGACAGAGAUUACGCAGCCAAUUGCAGACCCAGCUCCCGUCAUACAUGGUGCCCACAGCCAUUACAGCAAUUGAUCGCAUGCCCAUCAAUCAUAAUGGCAAGAUAGAUCGGCAAGCAUUGGCCGAGUUUAAAGUGUCUAUAUCAUCGCAGGCCAGCCUAUCUCCUGAUCAACCCCCACGAAAUGAUGUCGAAGACCUCAUCUGCGAGGAAUUUUCUCAAGUUCUGGCCUGCCCUGUGGGCGUGACUGACAACUUCUUUGACCUUGGCGGCCAUUCCCUGAUGGCUACCCGUGCGAUAUUCCAGAUUUCCCGGCGAAUGGAGUGUGCUCUUUCGAUCCGUGAUCUGAUAGAGUCGCCAACGCCGGAAAGUUUGGCGCUCCACAUCAUAUCCAUGGACAGGGGUUCCCAGCCCAAAGACCACGAGAAUCCGAAUCUGACAUUUCUUCCAGCCCUGGAGGAUAUGGGGUGGCAGCCGGCGGCUCGUGCAUUGGGCGUCGAUGUAAUGGACAUCACGCAGGUUAUGCCUUGCUCAGCUUUCCAAGAAGGCGUUCUGUCCGCAGACAUGACAUUCGGUGGAUCUUCUAGUUACCUUGGGACUAUACACUUCAACCCUGACUCAAGGAUCAAUGUUGAAGCCCUUCGCGGCGCAUGGGCAGCCCUUGUAGCAAAGCAAGAGAUGCUGCGAACUAUUUUCUUACCCGUGGUUCAGAAAAGCGCCAGCCAAGGCAUAUGCGGGGAUGCCUUUCUGCAGGCCAUUCUGAAGCCUGAUUGCGAUGAAAUCCGGCGCGUUUCCAGUAUUGAGGACGCUGCCAACUUCGACAUAUCCUUAGGCAUCGGCCAUGUUCCGGUCGCGCUCGCUUUUACUGAAGGUUCCCAAUUGGUCCUCAAAAUUCACCACGCACUUUACGAUGGGGCAUAUCUUUCGUCUAUCUUGAAGAGGCUGUCGGAAGGAUAUUGCUCUUGGACACCUCAGGCCACCAGGACCUCUCUCCUUGGCAUUGACGACAUCCCAUUUUCCUCAUUCAUCGGGUCGCUGCAGUCUCGCGAUUACUCGGAAGUAUCAUCCUUCUGGAAAUCGUAUCUAGAAGGUGCUUCGUGUGCAUUGUGGCCCCCAUCUGCGCCCUCGGAUACGCGCAGCCAGGAAGAAAGAAGACAUCAGGUAAAGACGGCCUCUUGGAAAGGCGACGCACGUCGACUGGCCCGUCGCUUUCAUACCACUCCGGCUGCUAUUGCACGAGCAGCGGUGGCCAUGCUCAUCGCUGUUCAUGGUGAUACCGCUGAUGUUGUCUUGGGUGAAGUCUCCAGCGGAAGGCAGUCGUCGGGCUUUGUUGCCGGCCCAUGUAUUGCAACACACCCUGUUCGAAUUCCCAUGGCCGGAGACCUGUCGUUUAACGAGGUUAUCCGGACUGCUACCGAAUGCUACGCUGAUACCAUACCCUACCUACAAUUCGGCUUGGCAGCAAUCCGACGCGAAAGUGAGCAUCCUAGUGAUCUGCCAUUUCGGGUCCUAUAUGUUUAUCAGCACGGCUCGAGAUCCCCUUGCGACGGCGACCAACCUUCAAGCCCCACGCUCCCAUUUUCGGGCAGACUGGAAACUUUGAAUCAGGUCGAGUUUCCCUUGGUGAUUGAGGCGUUCUGUGCAGAAACAACAGGCAAGAUGGACUUCCAGUAUACUUUCGAUCCGGCGGCCUUGUCUCCCCAAGAUGCCCAUUGGGUGGGGCAGCACUUGGUGCAGGUUUUGCAUGCAAUGGAUACAACUCCAAACCCGCAGAAUCCUCAGAUACAUGUCAAAUCUUUGAUAGGUGCAGAAGAGAGAAAACUCCUGAUGCAAUUUUCCACCGAUGCGAGAUCAUCUCAACCCAGCUCCACGCCGGUUCAAUGUGCCCAAGACAUUAUUCGGGACCAAGCACGGAAGAUGCCGGAGAAGAUUGCUUUGCAGUUUGAGCAUACGAGAUUCGUCACUUACCGAGAGCUCGAUGAUUGGAGUAGCGACUUGUCGCAUUCCAUACGAGCUGUGUUGCAUGCAGAAAACGGCGAAGGGAGCUUUCGCCAUGGUCAACCUCUUGUUCCGAUCUGUUUUGACAAGUCUAUUGACAUGGUGGUAACAAUACUAGCGGUCCUUAAGGCCGGAGCCGCCUACGUGCCACUUGAUAUAGCGCAUCCCGCGGAUCGAUUGACAACAAUAUGCGAGACUAUCGAUGCUCGCCUGAUCAUCUGGGAUGGCGUCCACGGUAAUAGCGUACUGCAAGAUGUUUCCCGUCGAAUCAGCUGCUCGCUGUGGACAACGGACGACCUGCGCCAUUUCAAGGGCCACGACGCUCAGCGCCGGAUGGUCCCAGCACGUUCUUCUAACACUCUAGCUUAUGUGUUGUUUACUUCUGGCUCGACAGGAAUCCCCAAGGGGGUAAUGGUGGAGCAACGAAAUCUGGUGUCAUUCAUGCGCGCUCAUGCCGGGAGCACAGAUUGCUCGUGGACCUCGCGCCGCCUCGCGAUGCUAUCAUAUACCUUUGACGCUUCGGUGGGAGAUAUAUUCGGCACACUGGGUAAAGGUGGUCGGCUCUGUCUAGUGCGUCGUAGCCUCCUGAUGCCACAGCUAUCUCGCUGGCUAGACGAGCUCGCCAUAUCUCACCUAGCUCUAACUCCCACACUUGGCACACUUCUUCUUAAUGACCACACCAGCUCACAAGAGUUCUAUCUUCCAUAUCUUACAACCCUCGUGUUUGGUGGCGAGCCUUUCCGACGCGAAAUCCUCCGUCACGUUCCCCGGGAAAUCACUAUAUGGAACGGCUACGGGCCAACAGAGACUACGAUAGAAGUGAUGGCGUCCAAAGUCCAGAGUGCAGAUGUGCCUACUAUAAUACAGCCCCCGUUCUUCUCUAUUGGGCAGCCAAUCCACCAAAAUCACAUCUACCUCCUACGGCCUGACACCAACGAACAAGUCCCCAUUGGCGUUGCAGGCGAGAUCUGCAUCGCCGGGCCACAGGUCUCGCGUGGCUACCUCGGUGAUACUGACCUGACAUCGAAGCGCUUUGUCCGCAAUCCCUUUGAUUCGACGGGCCUCAUAUACCGCACCGGAGACCUAGCGCGAUGGCAUGGAGAUGGAAGCUUGGAGUAUUUAGGGCGCUUGGAUGGACAGAUCAAGCUUCGUGGCCUGCGCAUCGAGCCAAGUGAGAUUGCAGCGGCGGCUGAGGCGCAUCCUUUGGUAAAGGCCUGCGUGGUGACAAAGGUAGAGGGUCCGAGAUCGGAAGCCCUAGUUGCACUUGUCCAGGUAGAUCCGAAAACCACCCAGGAACACACGGUCUUCAUGGGGCAGAUCCAAGAGUGCAUCGCAGAGAGGGUCCCAGAAUACAUGAUACCGGCCCAAGUUCAACUGAGUACGGCGCCCUUGCCACAAACGCCAAGUGGCAAGAUUGACUAUCGGGCCAUAGGUCAGAUGGCAGAAGAAAGCUAUAACCGAUGGAUGACUGGUGUCGCUACCGAGCCGGCCUGCAUCACUCGGGCGACACCAGAUAGCCUGGAAGCCCACAUUGCCCAGCACUGGGCAAACAUCUUGGGAAUAGCGGGCGGGGAAGACCAAAUCGACAUCACCGUACCCUUCUCACUGCUAGGUGGAGACUCCAUCCGUGCCAUUAGCCUCCUGGCUGCGUUCCGCCGCGAUGGCUUGCCACUGCAUAUGACGGACCUUCGUCAAUCGGCGACAAUCCAAUCCCAGGCCGCCAAAGUCCGGGGUUUCAAUACGAUGGUAAGCGAAAUGAAUGACUCCCCCGGUCGUCAGUCACCGAACUAUAUGCAUAUCUACGAGCGGAGCACGAGCAUUGCCAGCGUUGUUUUGAUCCAUCCAUUCCUGGCGCAAUCCAAGAGUCUUGAGGCCCUCGUGCCGUUCCUAGAUAGCCGGUUCAACGUGAUCCUUGUGGACGAUCCUUUCUUCGGAACCUCGCGAUAUCCGGAAUCUCUCUCCGCAUGGGCCCGAUCUUACCUCGACGAUAUUCGACUGCCUGUUGGUCACCGGUUGAUCCUAGGAGGGUACUCGCUCGGGGGUCUUAUUGCCCUUGAGAUGGCCAUACUCUGGCAGGAACGGACUUCCUGCCCUCCGUCAUCGGUGCUGCUCCUCGACCCCGGCACGUACUCGCCCACCGGCCUUGAAUCGACCAACGACAAAGAGGUCCUCAGUCUCCUUAGCGUCGAGCAGCGCGCGAUGGCGGCGUUCCAGGAGCAUUUCACCCGUCUUAACGAGCUUCUCACCCAGUCGCGUCUGCCCCCAGUGUACCAUGGCCGAUGCCUCUACGUUGCGUUGCCCGCACGGAUGCAGGAUGGGGUGGCUGACUUUUGGGAGAAGCAAUGCCCGGGCUCGUCGGUGCACUAUGUCGACUGCAAUGACCACUAUGCGCUGCUGAAUGGUCCGACCCUGGUCAGCGUUGGUCAGUUAAUCAAUCAGCAUUGCUGUCUCGCCGUCGCCCGGAUCGACGUUGGUUCCCGCACUCCCCCAAAUUCCGCGAGUCAGGAGGAAAUGAAAUUGCCGGAUCGAAGCCGAUCGCGCUCGAUUCCCUCGAUGGAAUAG